GUUGCGUCCCGGUUUGAUGCGCCUCGACGCCACACCGGUCACCACCACGCCACCCGCCGGGCAUUAGUUGACUUUCAGCCUCGUCGUGUCUGCCUAAAACUUGACCACGAUAGUUACAAUGGCGCUCGUUCCUCUGACAUCGCGACCCGUUCUCCUGACCUACAGACGAUGAGCUCCCAUAGCCUUUGCACUCGUAUGCGUAUGCGCAUGGUCUCUCAGGUUACCGACUAUUCUCUCUAGUACGCUUCCCACUGAGCAACAGCUCAACUAGCCCUCGCGAUGAGCGAGCAAUUUAUUAAGGAAGAGUCGCAAGCCCUUGUACCUCACAAUUUACACCAUCCGGCCUACUCAAGCAUCGCAUCCGAAAAUGGCGAAAUCCGAUUGUUGGAACUACUGCCUGGAAAGUACGACGAUCCUCUCUCAAUGCGCCUGCUGCCGAAGAAGUCAAACGAAGACAUCGAAUACGAAGCUCUUUCAUAUGCGUGGGGAACGACCGAUAGUCCGCACGAAGCUCUUCUUGAUGGUACCCCAACUUCUAUGAGAACAAGCCUUGAUCUUGGCCUCAGACGCCUCCGGUAUGCUGAGAAGUCCCGCAUCCUGUGGGUCGACGCCUUGUGUAUCAACCAGAACGAUGUCCAGGAGCGAUCUCAUCAGGUUCAACAAAUGGAGAUGAUAUACAGCUCAGCGACGACCGUACUGAUUUGGCUUGGAGAGUUGCCAUCAUCCAAUACGUGCCAAGAUCAAGAGCGCUGUGAAAAAGCCUUUUCUGAACUUCUUACUGAAUCGCGCCGAAUAAACUUAAUGCUCGGUUCCGCCACUCAGGACAAGCUACGCUUCUCGAUGAUGUCCAAAUUUCUAAAGCAAAAUGAGCUGUUCUACGAUAUACGCCAUUUCAUGGGACACCUUUCGGACACUUGCUCUCAACCUUGGUUCAGACGGUUAUGGAUUAUUCAAGAGUUCAUCUUGGCCAGAGAAGAUCCAGUGAUACACACAGGACGACACGUUGCAAGGUGGCUAGACUUCUUUUAUGCUAUAAAAAUGAGUCGCACAUGCUGGGUGAAUUUCCGACGCGGAGUUAAGGGAGUCUAUCCUCAGCUUUUUGCGAUGGAAGAUUUCUGGAAAAUGCGACACACAGGUACGAAGAAGAAGAAAACCCUGAUGUGGUGGCUAUCCUAUUCGUUCGAUUCUCGUGCCACAGACAACCGGGACAAGAUUUACGGGCUACUAGGAAUCUGUGACUUCCAAGUAGCGGACCCAAUUAUACCUGACUAUUCGAAGAGUUUUCAACAAGUCCUCGCCGAAACUCUUGUAGUUGAUAUACUAGAACGAUCCCCAGUGCGCUAUCUCGAACGUCCCUUAACACCCAUCGUAGCAUUCGACAGAGACCUUCACAGACCUUCAUGGUUGUUCGAUGAAGAGGGAUUUAGAUGGUCGCCUGAAAUGCGAAGACCUCUGAUACUAUCUUCAAAUGAGCGGAAGCGGCGAAACAGCUUGCUGCGCCUGUCGGAAGAUGGCCGAACUCUUUUCACACAAGGUCGCUAUAUCGGUACAAUCUCCGCCGUUUUGUCUUGCGUGACAACUGGAGACGACUCCAAAGAGAAGGCUCGUUUAGUCGCCGAGUUGUGCGAAUUUUACCACAAGGUUCUGAAACCGAUCAAUAUAACACCGCAACGUCUAUUUGAGCUUGUAAGACCCAACAACAAAACAUACGGCGAUUCGAACGAGUUUGCUGCUCAUUUGUCGGGAGUUGGGAACGAAUCCCCUUCAAACAUAGAAAUCAGAGAGUUUGGUAGUAUGAAAAGGCAACUCUGCAAAGACGACCCUGGAUGCUCUCAGACUCUGAUAGUCACGGAAGAAGGUGAUCUUGGAAUGACAUGGCAUGUAGAUCAAGUUGGAUUACAAGCUGGUGACAUCGUCGUCAAUUUGUUCGGGUACAACGUGCCUUUCAUCCUGAGGCCUUCUGAAAGAGCUCAGGUGCAUGUCAUGCUUAACAUCGCUCAGUUCGAUUCGAGGACGGGAAGCUACGGCUACGAUUGGGUUCGAUUCGAGGAUGUAGGAAGGGAAGAGUACGUACUUAUCUAACGCAUCUUAUAUCGAGAAGAAUGCGAUCCGCAUUAUCAACCUCAUAAGACUAUAGGUGAUAAUGCGCCCACUUCCUCAAGACGAAUAUUUCAAUCACAUCACCUAGACUCUACUUCGGCGAUAAUGGCAAGGCAUACGGCCUUGGCCGCAGACUUAACAUUCCCCUCUCCCCCACCCAUCCCACCUAAAACCUACUAACAUCCCUCCCAAACACCCAAUUAACCGCCCAAUAAACCGGCACAAGAACCUUAUUCCUCCAACUAACCGUCCUUGUCAAAUACGCCCCCCUCCAAAUAAUCCACGCCACAUAACCCUGCAAUCUCCCACCCCACUUGCCACCUCCCUGGAACAAGGCAUUCCAAUUACCAAUAUACGCCAGCGUACCGAGAUCUCUGUAUGUGAAUCCCUUGGACUCUGAAGAAGGCGAGGACGGGGAU